GAAGCUCCACGAUCGAAAAGGACAAGACUCGACAAGUGAUCAAUUGAAAAUUAUUUCCAGAGUUGACAAAACCAAAACGAAAACCCGCACAUUUGAUUCCAGAUCCGCAUAAGUAGGCAUUUCGUGAUGUGGAAUCUGAAUAUGCUCGGUCGUGUAGUUCAACCAUAAAAAAAUGUUGAGAAUCCUUGCCCGCGCAGUCGCUUCCCCGACUGUAUUCGAACAAGACAUGCUGCUCAGCCUCGAUACUUACUUACUUCCUCCAGCGACCGAACUGCAACUAGGUAGUGAACGAAUGAUUACGUUGAUGGAAGUAGUUGAAUUCUAGGUAUAAUGUUGCCGCUACUGCGAAUCAACUCAUCUUUACAGUUGCCUUUGCGUAGUUUCCUAGAUUUUUAAGAAUACAUUUACUUUCUGCGAAGCUAUUCGUGCAACUAGAGCGUAGAAUCAGGACCACCGCGCUUUAGCGCUUUGCUUUAUCACUCAGCUGGAAAGAACGGUUUUCUACCGCUUGAACGACAUGGCGCUGGCAGUGAGCUACUUCAACGACACCCCGGUGUACAACCUGACUGCUGGGCGGUCCACACCUCAGUUCAUCGAAGAGGCGGCGAAGAACAACAAGUCGCUCAGGUACCUACUACAACAGGGGAACAAAUAUUUACGCUUUGAUAAUAGUAUUUGCUUCUGCCACAAGAGGUUCUUCGCUGCAUAAAAAAGGUACUGCGUGCAGCAGCUCCUCGUAGUUCCAGCGAGUUGCUUGCAAUCUUCCAUUGAGACCUCCGUAAAGAUUUUCCCUGUGCCGGCAGGGUGUACAAUUGAAAUCUGAAUCGAAUGACACUGUAUCGAACGACUCUACAGGUACAAUGAGGAAUUUAGGAACCGCGUUGAACUGCUGCAGGACUUCGAGUUCCCCGCAACCAGCUCACGCGUGAAAGCGAGCCGGGACGGCAGAUACAUUUGUGCCACGGGCGGGUACCCCUGGGAAAUGCGGAUGUUUGACACCGAAGACUUGGGCAUGAAGUUCUGCCGAAGGGUGGACCAUGAAAUCGUGGACUUCUGCUUUCUCUCGGACGACUACCGAAAGUUGGCGUUUCUGCAAAGUAUAGUGCUUUCGUGUGUUUUUUAAUAGUUGUGUUUACACGACGUGCCAGGUCUAGUUUCGCCAUUGUGGUGCAAGAAUGCGUAGAAGUAACGAUGCGGAUAUUUCAAUGGAAAGAACCGCUUUGGUCGUUUUAUUUGCAUUUGUUCAGCACUCUUAGGUCAAAGAGCAGUCGUUAGCCUCGAUUUCAACAUGAGAAGAAUUGCACCGAAAAUGUAAAUGAAUUGUGUCACUUCUGAGUAUUCUCCAUCACACGACAGGCGACCGCACACUGGAAUUCCACGCGCAGUAUGGGCUCCACCACAAGCUUCGCGUGCCGAAGUUUUGCCGGUCUUUGGUGUACCACCCGGACAGCUGUGUGUUGUUUGCCGCGGGCGACGGGGACGAGGUCUACCGCUUGGACUUGGAGCAGGGGACUUUCCUCACGCCGCUCCACUCGGCAAAGUGCGACCAGGUGAACCAGGCCUGCCUGAAUCCCCGCAUGCCCCUGUUGGCCUGCGCGGGCACGGCCACGGGCGACGAAACCACCGGGCUGGUGGAGUUCUGGGACCUGCGGGACGCCGGGCGCGCGGUCAGCUUUUUGCGCCAGGAGGACGCGGGCAUCACCGCCGUGGACUUUGCUCCCAGCGGCAUGCACUUCUGCUUCGGCGACGAAAGGGGAGUGGUGCGCGUGUUCGAUAUACGCUCGGCUAAGCCCUUGAGCACCCGGGACCACCGGAAUGAGCUCCCAAUCAAGGCCGUGAAAUAUUUCGACGCCGGGGGAAUAACUACAGAAUCAGCAACAUCUUUGCUAACCGGCACGACGGCAAGAGCUUCCUCCUCCUCCAGCAAUAUUAUCGCCAGCUGCGACGCGCGCUGCAUCAAGCUGUGGGAGUACGGAAGUUCAAAUUCAAGCAGUUCCACUUCUUUCGACAAUUCUAGGAGUAGAUCAACUGCGGACGAACAACAAUCGGAAAUAAAAAACGAUUCCACGCAGAGCAACAGCCGGAUUCUCGCCGCCAUCGAGUCCCCGGGCGGCGCGGUGCUGAACGACAUCAGUUUCUACCCAUCUUCCUCCCUGUUGUUCGCCGCCACCGACGAGCAGCGCGUCGGGUGCUACUUCCUGCCCUCGCUGGGCGCGGCGCCGCAGUGGUGCAGCUUCCUGGACCACAUGACGGAGGAGCUGGCGGAGAUAUCAAAAGGAAAAAUCCCCCUUCCCCAUAUCGAAACGAAGUUUCUGAUGCUGGAUUUCCGUACACAAAUCAGAUUUGUCUUCCAGUAGAGGACUGCAGGCAUAUGUCAAGCCCCAGUCGAGAGGUUUUGACGUAGGCGCCUAGCAUGGCAAACGUGUAUGCUCUAAGCCCAAUAGCAUCACAAACCUGCAUCAAAAGCGGGGCGCUCUCUGGACUUGCCUUCUUGCAAGACAGACAGGAUUUGAGGCAACAAGUGCGCUGCCUCACAAAUUUUCAGAAGGAUGCGUUUUCAAUAUGGGGAGGGGGGAUUUUUCCUUACGAUAGGAGACCCAGCGACAGCACUUAUACGAGGACCACACUUUCCUGUCCAAGGAGCAGGUGCACGACCUCGGGGCCGCGGACCUGCUCGGCACAAAGUACCUGCUCCCCUACCAGCACGGGUUUCUGAUGGACGUGCGGACGUUCGAGAAGAUGAAGCGGAUUCAGCAGGAGGAGAGGGGCGGGGCGGACCUGUUCGACUACGAGCAGAAGCUGGAGCAGUCCCGCAAGAAGCAGAUGGAGCAGAACCGCCCGAUGCGCGUUCCGGACGCCGCGAAGCUGGCGAAGACGCGCGUGCAGGCGAACCAGAAGCUGUUCGACAAGCUGCAGGACCGGGUGGACUCCCGGCAGACGGAAUUACGAAGGAAAAAGGACCAGGUGGCCAACGCCGGGAAGAAAUUGCUGGAAGACGACCGGUUUGCCAAAAUGUUCAGCAACCCCGAUUUCGAAAUCGAAGAAGCAGAAAUCAGACAAGAGUCUGGCGUGGCAAAAGACCGAGCGAAAAAGCGAAAGCGAAUUGGAUAAACGAUUGCUGGCGCCGCGAGGGCCCUAUCUUUCUGAUUGUGAUAGAUCGUAUUGAUCGAUAUUCAUUUCAACAUCUUCUUGCGACAUUUUUUCUUAUCCAUGCGGACCACUUAGAAGCUUGUGUACAUCAUCUUCAGCACGAGGAGGUGACCAGCCUAUUGAUUCGUUGCAGUGUAAGUAGUUUAGGAGACGAGGUGGACGAGGGCUCCGAGAAAAAAAAAAUAGCUGCAUCACACUUGCAGCAACACCAAGCAGUUAUCUCUCUGUGCGGUCGCUGUUUGAAGAAUUUAGCACUGCUGUCGCACCAGCGAGAUCAGAUUUUCUCCGUGCUCACGACAACAAUAAACAAUGUUUUCUACUAGAAUUCGAAAUCGAAAUCACUGUCGGUCUGCUUUACCAGCACAUCUGCAGCCUCGGAAGUUUGUAUUUCGUCCCAAAUAGAAACGGUUGCACUCUAGUGCUGUGAUCUGCUAUCAGAGUCAAAAGUGAAAAAAUCGGUUCGUGCAACAAAAAGACAGCAACAUCGUGCGACAUCAUUUUGACUUCCUCGUGCACGAAGAUAGAAGAAGAUAGAGCACCAGAAGCGCAGACUGGCAAGGCCAGAACUCUCGGUAAUAAAUCGUGCAAUGCGAAGUUCCGAAUAGAUUGAAAAUCGGUAUAGAUACCGUUUGUCCCGUUGCUCUUGCUGCCGUACAAAACAAAGUGUUUCGGUGAUUUUGAUUUUCACAACGUACACCCGUCUGAAGAUGGCAUAUCUUCGUUCAUC